GGAGAGAGAGAGAGGACGAAACCAGUUACAGGGCUGAGAAAAGGAGAGGGAACAAACACACUCCCUCCCUCUCUCCCCGACACACACACACACACACACACACACACUCACGCUAGCUUUAGGGUAUACCAGUCGGCAUUGGCAGUCCUCUCCUUUGUUGUUUUUGCUAUUGGUUAGUCUCGGCAGCAUCACGGCGUGCGCCUCUAUCGCAGGGGUGGGUGCGUGAGUGUGUGUUGGUGGAGUGUGUAAAGGAUGCCACGAGCGCCAACCAGGGCUCCAGGCCCAUUGGUCGCCUGCCUUCCAACCAUUAUCUCGACUCCUCCAUCCCUCUGUUCGCCCUUCUCUGCCUUCCUCCUUCCCUCUUCAUUCCUUGUCAUCUUUCAAGUCGUAAAAAUGAUUCGCGUGCAGCGCGCGAGCUGAAGUUAUCAGCGAGUGAAUUGGGAGACUGUGGACAAACAGGAGAGGAAGCAAAAGUUUACAGAGAAGACUGCAGCCGAAAAUGAGUCUGGGGGAGACGCGGUGAGCCUCUCCAGCUGAGCCACAGUAGGACAGCCAGAGGUCUGGAUCGAAGACGCGUCACAAUCCCAACCCAUUUCAGAUGGAUGUGGAUGCAGACGAUAAGCGCCAUCGCACACGCUCCAAAGUGCCUGUGGAUCCAGCAUUAACAGAACUUUUCAGUGUGUACGGCUGCCCGCAGGCAAAGAAGCGAAAGAGCCUCGACAGGCAAACCCUGGAAACGUCGCCGAAAAGGAGCAGCUACCUAGAUGACAUGGACAACUCCACGAUGGAGGAAUGCUACGAGACUGAUGGAACCGAGGAGAUGGACGACCGAGAGGAAGAGGAGGAGGAGGGAGCCGUAGAGGAGGAGGAAGAGGGCGAGGUCGAGGAGGAAGAGGAGGAAGUCGAAGGUUACAUGGACUACAACGAGGAGCAAAUGGAGCAAGAUGAGGGGGAGAUGGAGCGAGGGGAGGCGGAGGAGGUGGAUGAAGAGGAAGAGGUCGAGGUCGAGCAGGAGGACGAGGAUGAGGAAGAGGAGGAGAGGGAAAAUGAAGCGGUCGAUGAAGAGGAAGAAGAGGAGGCAGUGACGGAGGUGGACUACCAAGAAGGGGAAGAGGAGGACGGAGAGCAGAGUCGAGGGCGAGACGAUGAUCAGAUGAGCGAGGGCGGCGAGGACAACGGCGGAAGUGGCGGCGGCAACACUAAACCGGGCCCCACCGCGGAGAAGGACGACAACAACAACGACGAGUACGAGAACUACGACGAACUGGUGGCCAAGUCUCUGCUCAACCUUGGCAAGAUCGCAGAGGACGCUGCUAAUCGGGCUUUGACCGAAUCUGAGAUGAACAGCAACUCCUCGCACAGCGCUGAGGAGGAGGAGGAGGAGGAAGAGGAGGAAGAGGAAGAGGAGGAGGAGGAAGAGGAAGAAGAUGAGGAGGAAGAAGAGGAGGACGAAGAGGAGGAGGAUGAAGAAGAGGAGGAAGAAGAGGGCGAUGAAACACAAAGAGGGGAUCUAAGUUUAGACGUGGAUAGUGAUGUAGUUAGAGAGACGGUGGAUUCCCUGAAACUUUUGGCUCAAGGCCACGGUGCGGUUCUGUCUGACAAUUUGGACGGACAGGAGUAUGAGGGAGUACCUGGCGAGGACAAUAAUGACUGUUCUCACAAUGGUGGGAGUGCACACAAUGGCAGUGGUGGACAGUUAAAGAACACGAAUGGACUGGAGAACAGUGACGAGGAGGUGUGUCUCAGCAGUCUGGAGUGCCUACGGAACCAAUGCUUCGACUUGGCUCGCAAACUGAGCGAAACCAAGACGUCUGACCGUAACGGGCCGUCCCAACAAAAUCAUUAUCAGUGCGGGGAUGUGAAUCAGCAGCCCCCGCAUCACGGGUACGACGACUUCCAUCACAGCCACGAGGACCGGCGAAUGCUAAAUAGGAACUAUUCCGACAUGGACAAUCUGAUGAAGCUGGAGGAGCAGCUCAGCCCGCGAUCCAAGGCCUUCUCCAGUUGUUCGCAGGGCGAUCGAUACCACAACCAUCACCGGGACUUUGACGAGGACACGGCCUCGGUGACGUCGGACCGAUCGGAGGAGGUGUUCGACAUGACGAAGGGAAAUCUCUCGUUGCUAGAAAAGGCCAUUGCACUAGAGUCGGAACGGGCCAAAGCUAUGCGGGACAAAAUGGCAGCCGAGGCCGCCAGAAGAGACGGAGUGCGGUACCACCACGACGAGCACGGACCGCGACAUGCCUACGGUGUUGAACGAAAGGCACGACUUCCUGAGGGUAUGAAGAAGCUUUUCUACCACAAAGAUGCAUCACGUGCUGACAAGAAGGAGAGCCGUUGUCCGACGCCCGGGUGUGACGGCACAGGUCACGUGACCGGCCUGUACCCCCAUCACCGAAGCCUGUCGGGCUGCCCGCACAAAGACAGGGUCCCCCCUGAGAUCGUGGCUAUGUAUGAGAAUGUUCUUAAGUGUCCUACGCCUGGCUGCACGGGACGCGGCCAUGUCAAUAGCAACCGAAACUCCCACAGAAGUCUGUCGGGAUGUCCGAUUGCGGCUGCAGAGAAACUGGCCAAAGCUCAAGAGAAGCACCAGAACUGCGACGGGGUCAAGUCCAGUCAGGCAUCAGACCGAGUCUUAAGGCCUAUGUGCUUUGUCAAACAACUGGACUAUCCACAGUAUGGUGACAAGAACAAUGUUUCCACCAGCACGCCUCGCUCCAACCUGGCCAAGGAGCUGGAGAAGUAUUCCAAGACCAGCUUCGACUACGGCGCCUUCGAUAGCUCCAACAACCACCAAGUGUACGGGAAGAGGGCCAUCGCACCCAAAGUUCACGGGCACAGGGACACGUCCCCCAAAGGAUAUGAUGCCAAACGUUACUGCAAGAAUUCCAGCUCGGCCAGCAGCACCACCAGCACCUACGCGCCCAGCAGCAGCAGCAGCAGCCACAGUUGCGGCGGCGGAGGCGGCGGCAUGGGAGGAGGUGGCGGGAGUAGCGCCAGCAGCACCUGCAGCAAGAGCAGCUUCGACUACAGCCACGACAUGGAGGCCGCGCACAUGGCGGCCACGGCCAUCCUCAACCUGUCCACGAGAUGCAGGGAGAUGCCGCACAGCAUGGGAGGGAAGGCGCCUGAUCUGUGCUCGCAGAGCCCCGGUCUAGAUGUUGAUGAGAACGGUACUUUGGACCUGAGUAUGACCAAGCGUCUGUGCAGCGUCGGAGGGGAUUCGGUUCUCACCCCUCUAGAGCCCAUGUCCCCCCAGAGGCAAGCCGCCCUGCUGGGCUCCCGCUGCUACAGCAUGGGGGACACGGCCGACUGUUGGGACCUGCCCGUAGACUACACAAAGAUCAAACACAUAGACGAGGACGAUAAAGAGGAUGACCUGGAUCCCUUCCAUGACCUGCUGGACGACCGCGCUUACACUGAGGUCAACAUGCCCAGCCCCAAACCCAAGUACAGCCAGUGCAAGGAGAGCAAGAAGGACCUGAUAGCUCUCUCAGGUUGUCCCUUAGCAGACAAAAGCAUCCGAAGCAUGCUGGCCAACAACGCGCAAGAGCUCAAGUGCCCGACACCAGGGUGCGACGGUUCUGGACAUAUCACUGGCAACUACGCCUCUCACAGAAGGUGCCCACAUUUUGACACGGCUCCUGUCUUCUCUCAGGGUUUUAACUGGCUGUCUUCCUUCUACAGUCUCUCAGGGUGUCCAAGAGCCAGAAAGAGUGGGAUCAAGAUCAUCCACAGCAAAGAGAACAAGGAGGACCAGGAGCCUAUCAGGUGUCCGGUUCCAGGCUGCGAUGGCCAAGGUCACGUGACGGGGAAGUACGCCUCCCACAGAAGCGCGUCGGGAUGUCCCAUAGCAGCCAAGAGGCAAAAAGACGGGUAUCUGAACGGGAUCCAGUUCACAUGGAAGUCCGGAAAGACGGAGGGGAUGUCGUGCCCCACGCCGGGCUGCGACGGCUCGGGUCACGUCAGUGGGAGCUUCCUGACGCAUCGCAGUCUGUCCGGUUGUCCACGCGCCACCUCUGCCAUGAGGAAAGCUCGGCUCUCCGGGGUGGAGAUGCUGACAAUAAAGCAGCAGCGCUCCACAAACGGACUGGAGCACGAAGACGACAUGAAGCAGCUGGACGACGAAAUCAAAGAUUUAAGUGAAACCAAUUCGCAGGUGGAGGCCGACAUGAUCAAGCUCAGAACGCAGAUCACCACCAUGGAGUCCAGCCUGAAGUCCAUAGAGGAUGAAAACAAGCAGAAGUCCCUGGAACACAAAGAGCCUCCCAUGAGGAACAACUGCUUACAGCUGCACCAGCAAGAGCCCACGAUCGAUCAGAACUUCGAUGCUUACGUGACCACACUGACGGACAUCUACAGCAACCAGGACCAGUACCAGAGUCCAGAAAACAAAGCCCUGUUGGAAAACAUCAAGCAAGCCGUUCAAGGGAUCCAAGUCUAACAGACCGGGGGGGCGGGGGGAGCGGGCGGGGUGAGGGUGGGACGUCAACUUACCUUCUGCAGGUGAAUCAGAGCAGUGACAUAGUGUUAUAUAUUUCUGUUCCUUCGACAAAAAAGAGGUAUUAAGCUUAUAAAGAUCUUGUUUUUCUGGAGUGGCGGGUUCUGAAGAGCGAAGAGGAAGCAGCGGAUUAGUUUUUGAGGACAUUCACAUUUUGUACGUUUUCAUAAGAGCUGACAUAGUGUCGUUUCUAGCUGCUCAUGUAUGCACAUUUUUAGUGUAUAUUUCUGAACAGUAAUGUAACAGUAACAUCUUUUUAUCGCUUGACGACAGAAAAAAAAAAAGGACAGUGACGUUCAAACGCUGCAGGACGAGUUUCCUUUGGGUUUUUUUCUGGACUUAAAUGUUUUCUUCUUCUACUUCUUCUUCUUCUUCUUGCGUGUGGAUUGUUCAAAAGCAAGAACUGGUUUGCAAUCGCUUUAUUUUCUGACAAUGCUUGAGAAAUGUUUGUGUUUGACGAUAAAAAAAAAAAGAAAAAAAAAGAUGCAUCGCUGUAGGUGGGGGGAUUUUUUUUCCAAUUGGUGCUGAGAGGAAACUGACAUGAUGUUUGUAUGAAUGUAUGAAUGAACAGUUCUAUCGUAAACAUCAUCACACGGAAACCCAAUGGUGGCGAUCCCGACCAAUUCCCAGAGAAUAAUAACAAGUGAAUAGACAAUGACUUUUUUUUUUUUUUUUGAAAGAGUGAGACCUUUUUUCUUCCCGAAAUCCAAUCUGCUCAAUUUCUAGACUAAAGUCGGAGCAAUACCACGAGUAAAAUCACUUCCUUAGAUUUUGACAAGAUGCAAUCUGCAAAAGAAAAUAUAAAGGUUGGGUAUAUGCAAUUUCUUGUUCAUAAAAAAAAAAAGAGGAAAAAGCGGCGGGCGACAUUUUUAAUAUAUGUAAAAUAAUGAUUUUUAUACAAAUCUUUUAAUACGAGGAAUUCUUUUUAAAAAAUAAAAAAAGGAGCAGGAAACUGGACUUCAUUUCUUUCUGUACUUUGCACAGGGACACCUUCGUUUCCAUGUUUUGAUGUUUUUACAGAGGCAGAACCCGAGAGAUUAAAAGGAGGGUUUCCGAAGAUUUUGUAAAGAGUAUUUAUAGACAGCGGGACUUACAGGGUCACUGUCCCCCACUUACGUGCCAGAAGACUUUUUGCACUUGUCCUUGAAGAUAUUAUCCUUAACAUACGGCGGCGUGCAAUUUUUCCAGGUGACCUCUUUGGCACAGGAUUGGAGCAACUCACCGCUCGGAGAGAUGUGGAUGUAGAAUCACUGGCAAAGGAAGAGUUGGACUUGAAAUCAGGCGGAUUAUAACCAUAGCAGUUCUUACUGUAGGCUAUUAUCAAGUGUAAAAACAUUAUUAAUGUUCUGUUUUGGUUUUUUUUUGCUAUGUUUUAGGAAGAUGAAGUUAUCCCCCAGCAGCACUUUAUAUCUAAUCACUGUACAAAGGAUAAAGUAGUCAAUCAAUUCAAGUUUUUGAAGAAAAAAAUAAGCAGAAUUACGCUGGUGAAACCAGACCUUCAUGAUGUGACACGCCGGCGUCGUACUCGCGCCUCCAUCCAUUCUAGCUGAUAGCAGCCACCUUUUUUCCUGAAUUUGCCUUUUUGAGAACUAAUAAAAGGUGCUUGUCGUCCACCAGAUUUAAUCUCAUCUAUUGUAAUUUCCCGUCCUCUUCCAGGACUCAUCGUCCAUGACUGCAUUUUCCACAGCAUCGUGUCUGCAGCUUUCUCGCCAAUAUAGUAACGCUUCAGUAGAGUAAUAGCUAGUACCAGUUUUUCAAUUAAUUCUCAUCAUCGGUUGAAAAUGGAAAAUGGAUUCUAAAGCACAAACUGGCUGCUCGUACGACGGUGGUACAUUUAUUUAUUUCUCAUUUCCAGUUCAUUUCUGUGAUGGAUCCAGGCAGGUCACACGUUUAGAGUUCUCAUCGGAAAUAUCGUGAAUCCAUCCGAGGUUGCUUUUAUUUCCCUCCAGCUGGUUGAUUUCCAUUAACAAAGACGGGAUUUUGUAUAAACUAUUGUGCUCUCUGUGGAACUGAAGUUUGAUUUAUUUUUGUACUACACAGCAUGGAUUUGUUGACAUUUUAAUUUUGCUAUAAAUGUGUGAGAUCACAAGUUGCUGUGAUAUUUAAUUUAUAAAUUGUGAACUUUGUACAAUUUUUGUCAUGCUGGAUGUUGACACAUCUUACUCUGAAUAAAGGAAAAAUGUGUUGCCAGAGCUCUGUAGAACGACGUCCUUUAUUGUUUUCAAUCGCGUUAGUCAGGAGGAAUAAAGGGCCUCGAGAGUGUAAUUCCUCUUCCUGCCUCGUGGCGGCAGCAAAAACAAACUAAUAUAACGUGGUACUCAAAGUAAAGUGAGAUACUUUUGGACGGGUGUAAAGAGAAGUAAAACAAAUGUGGACGAUGGCGAAAGU